GGGGCGCGGGCGGGGUGGGGCGGGCGCCGCGGCUCUGUGCGGGGACGGAUCCGUGCUGCGGCCGCCAUGGGGCCCCGCGUCCUGCUGCUGCUCCUCGCCGCCCUGCUGGGGCCCUGCGCGGCCCUCAUACGGAUCCCCCUGACCAAGUUCCCCUCCAUGCGCCGUGUCCUGACCGAGGUGGGCAGUGAGAUCCCUGACAUGAAUGCUGUCACCCAGUUCCUCAAGUUCAAGCUGGGUUUUGCAGACCUGGCUGAGCCCACUCCUGAGAUCCUGAAGAACUACAUGGAUGCCCAGUAUUAUGGCGAGAUUGGCAUCGGGACCCCUCCACAGAAGUUCACCGUGGUCUUCGACACUGGCUCCUCCAACCUGUGGGUGCCGUCUGUGCACUGUCACCUGCUGGACAUCGCCUGCUUGCUACACCACAAGUACGACGCCUCCAAAUCCAGCACCUAUGUGGAGAACGGCACCGAGUUUGCCAUCCACUAUGGGACAGGGAGCCUCUCGGGGUACCUGAGCCAGGACACGGUCACGCUCGGGAACUUGAAAAUCAAGAACCAGAUCUUUGGGGAGGCUGUGAAGCAGCCGGGCAUCACCUUCAUCGCUGCCAAGUUUGAUGGCAUCCUGGGCAUGGCAUUCCCCAGGAUCUCUGUGGACAAGGUCACUCCUUUUUUUGAUAACGUCAUGCAGCAGAAGCUGAUUGAGAAAAACAUAUUCUCCUUCUACCUGAACAGAGACCCCACAGCUCAGCCAGGUGGCGAGCUGCUGCUUGGGGGCACUGACCCCAAAUACUACAGCGGCGACUUCAGCUGGGUGAACGUCACACGCAAAGCCUACUGGCAGGUCCACAUGGAUGCGGUGGAUGUUGCCAACGGGCUGACUCUGUGUAAGGGGGGCUGUGAGGCCAUUGUGGACACGGGCACCUCACUCAUCACCGGCCCCACCAAGGAAGUGAAGGAGCUGCAAACAGCCAUCGGUGCGAAACCGCUCAUCAAGGGCCAGUAUGUGAUCCCCUGUGAGAAGGUGUCAUCUCUGCCUGUAGUCACGCUCACGCUAGGGGGAAAGCCCUACCAGCUCACCGGAGAGCAGUAUGUCUUCAAGGUUUCUGCACAAGGAGAGACCAUCUGCCUGAGUGGGUUUUCAGGCCUGGAUGUCCCACCCCCUGGUGGCCCGCUCUGGAUCCUGGGGGAUGUCUUCAUUGGUCCCUACUACACUGUCUUUGACCGUGAUAAUGACUCUGUUGGCUUCGCCAAAUGUGUCUAAGCGCCUGAUCCCCCCCACUGCCUCCACCAUACACACACUUCACACACAGGAGCUGUAGAGAAAGGUUACCAGGAUUAGAAACCCAGUCAGUGGAAGAGAAAUUGAACUAGAUCUAAAGUUAUCAGGAAAAUAGUCAUUGUUAGUGCCCUGCUAGCUACUUUUCCCCCUCUGAGUAAGUGGUGCUGGGACAUCUUGAGUUGAUAAUGCCAGCUGGAGUAGCCCCUCUCCUUACUGUUGUAUCUCCCGGUAUUUGAGAUUGAGAAAAAUUGUUCAGCUUUAAGAAUUAACAUCCCCCAGCACAGGUCUCACUCCUGUGGAGGCAGCUGGCUGGCCCUGCUCCUGCAGAGGAGCUGUGGGGCUUCUUCACUGGGGGAGAAGGGUAGAGACAGCUAUCCCACGUGUUAGGUUGUACUUCUGGUUUGUCACUGGAGUGGGUGGGGAAGGAGUCCCUCACCCCUCUGGGUGAGGAGGCAAUUGCUAGACCUUUUCCCAAUGAGUUGGCGCUGGCUUGGUCCUGAGAGAGUAUGUCCUGGGCUGGAGCAGUGGGGGAUCAUGUAGCAUGCACAGGGGUUGAGUUUUGGAGUCCAAGGGCUCUGUUAGUGUGUCUUUUGUGUUGUGAUGACACUAGUGAGAGCUGGGGAUGUGAUGUGAGCAUGCCUGGCUCGAGCCUAUUAGACCUAACAGGGCAGGGAUUUGUAGGGGGGCUCCAGCCAAUGGGACUCUUCAGGGAGUAAGAAUACAAGGGGGGGGGGUCACAACAGUAUUUAAUAAAAGUCAUUUGAUUUCAUAUCCCUGAAAUCCCAGCUUUCUUCUGGAGGCUGAGCAAAGCCACGUGACCCAAGUUCUCUUGGCUUUGGUGAAUUUCUUCCAGUUUUUCCUUCUUUACCUUCAACUCACUGGCUCCAGAUGAAGUUUUGUUUCCCAAAGCAGUUAAGUGAUCUGCAACCUUAAAUCACACGAGACUUUUGGAAACAUUAUCCUCAGUGUUUUGAACUGCCCCAGGCUUGAUAGACAGUUGGCAGAGGCAGCGAGGCUUCCAGGCAGGAGGGUGCCAUGGAGGCUGUGGGCUUGCAUUUGCUGCUCCUCCCACUGCCCAGUCCCAAAACCCAGGGUUUAACACCCCUGUACCUGGUAUGUCAUUCCCAUGUAAUAAGUGAGAGCUCUAUUCAUUUACCUUCUGGGCUGCAGACCAGGUGAGGUGUGUUCCUGCUUUGGAGAGGUGGGAGCUGAAGCUGUGCUCACAUUCAUGCCUUCCUCCUGGAGAUCCAAGAUCUGCAUGUAUGGAGCAGCUUGCUUCACAGGGCUGGCAUCAGUAGGCAUACACUGGGUGAGCAAAGAGACAAGUAGCUGUGAAGAUGAUUAGGUGUCCUGAGUCACAGAGAGCAGAAUAGAACUUCACAAGGCUCCCAGUCCACGCUGAGGGAGAGAAUGUAGUUAUGUUGGUUUCCCAGUGCUUUGGGUCAGGUCCUAAAGAUAGGGAGGUGAGAGAAAGCUGAGGGUUACAAGAGAACCAUCUGUGAUCUCACCACAAGAGAUGACCCCAGACUGGACAAAACAGCUGGUGAAAUCCCAGCUAGGAGUUUCCUAGGAGCACCUAGCCUGCAGAUGUCCCUUGUCUCCACCUGCUGCAGCUGGUUGGUUUGGCUUUAUAACCAGAACUUGUGCCGUGGAGGGGUCUGGCAUGGGCGGUAGGGACAGAUCUGAGCACACCCCUAAUGCAUCCGUUGUCCUGUGUAACCCUGGUUGUGAUGUCUGCUGCUUCCAAAGCUUGCUUUUGCCUGCUCUUAGAACCGUAACCCUGGAUCUGGAUGCCUGAGGACAUCUGUUGCAGACUGAGAACAACAUGCUACUGGAAAAAAAAAAAAAAUAGAUACUGUAAAAUCAACAGCUAUGCUGUCACCUCUCCAGAGAGCACACUCUCCACAUUAAGUGCUCUGAGCACCUCGAGGUCCUGCUGAAUAAUCCCCGAGCUGCAGCAUUUACCCAGCACAGUGAGAUGGCAUCUGGGUACCUGUUAAUCAGAGCUGAUGGGGUGUGGGCAGUGGGUUUGGGAUGUGUUCUGCAUCAGGUUGCAGGGGGAAGUGCAGAAUGUGCCAUCAGCCAGCGGUCCUGAGGGGGGUGCAAUGCCUCAGGCUGCCCACGGGGUAGCCUCCAGGGGAACCUGGCCCUGGGCUGGUGCCUGUCCUCAGCCAGGGUGACUGCCGGAGGAAGGAGCGUGGCCCAAAACCAUGCCUGGGGUGACAUAUCAUAGGGUAGGCUGGAGGAGCAGUUUGUUUGAUGUGACUGUGCUUGCCACACAAAUCAUAGCCUUCACUGAGCUGGGUCUCCUCCCCUUGUUCUUUUAUCUGCAUUUUUAAACCAAACUUUAACUGCGUGACUUUUUUAAUCUAAUUUGCUGUCAGAAUUACUGUCUCAUCCUAGGAAAUUGAAAAGGAAAUACAGUAUUUUCCCCCUUAA